UCGUCCCGCAGCAAGUGUCAGUGGUCACCCUCCUGGCCAUUGCUGUGGAUCGCUAUCUGCGGGUCUGUAUCCCAUUCAGGUACAAGUCUACAGUCACUAAGAAGCGCUCAUGGGUCAUCGCCGCUUUGUGCUGGAUUCUGGCUUCCGUACUGGGCUUCUUACCGAUGUUUGGAUGGAGACAGUCGAGGGGGAGAGCAGGUGUGGCGGCUGAAACUGGUGCUCAUCGCUGUGGGAUGCUGUCUGGGCAAUGUGCUGGUGAUGUGGGCCGUGUGGAGGAGUGGAGCCCUGAACCAAACCACUUUCUGCCUGAUUGUGUCACUGGCGAUGGCAGAUUUCCUGGUUGGAGCCGUGGCCAUUCCUCUGGCUGUGGUUGUGGACGUCCAUGUGAAGAUCCCUUUCCAUGCGUGUCUGUUCAUCUGUUGUGUCCUGAUCGUCCCGCUGCAAUCAUCAGUGGUCACCCUCCUGGCCAUUGCUGUGGAUCGCUAUCUGCGAGUCUGUAUCCCAUUCAGGUACAAGACUACAGUCACUAAGAAGCGCUCAUGGAUCAUCGCCGCUUUGUGCUGGAUUCUGGCUUCUGUUCUGGGCUUCUUACCGAUGUUUGGAUGGUACAACCAUGACACACUGACACAUUACAACUCCACCUCUAUAGACUGUCAAUUCAUUGCUGUUAUACCUGCUUCAUACCUGGUCCACUUCAUCUUUGAGGGGUGUUUUCUUCCUCCACUGGCAGUCAUGAUUACUUUGUAUUGCUACAUCUUUUUUAAAAUUAGGAGACAGUCGAGGGGGAGAGCAGGUGUGGCGGCUGAAACUGGUGCAUAUACCCCGAAGGAACACAAACUGGCCAGCUCUCUGGUUUUGGUUUUGGCUCUUUUUAUUGUUUGCUGGCUGCCAUUACACUUGAUACAAGCCAUCACAUACUAUAACCAGAAUAUACAUGUACCAUCCUUCGCUGUGUACUUUGGCAUUCUCCUUUCUCAUGCCAACUCAAUGGUUAACCCUGUAGUGUAUGCCUUCAGAAUCCCUAAGAUUAAGCAGGAGUACAGGAAGAUUUGGAGGAAAGUGAUUGGUCAACAGCAGCAGGCAGAUAUAAACACUCCUGCUAGUAAUACCACAGACAGCCAUGAUGGACGAAUUCAUGUGAGAAUCAGUCCACAGGUGGAAGUCAAUGGUAUUAUUUAACUCCUUUCCAUUUACUGCAGAACAUACCAAAAGAAGGGGGGAUUUAUAUGAUAUUUUUUUUAGAAUGUAAUUGCAAGAUUUUUCAAACCUUUCAGGCUUUUCUGACCUAAACUAAUAAUCUAACUGACAGGUUGCAGUUACACUGUUGUGCCAGUAGGGCUCCUCCAAACACCACUGUCAAAGUCUGAGAGUAACUGUAGGAUGUGUCUUAUAGCUGAAUCUGGAUAAUAGAGGAGUGUGUAAUUUAGUGCCCAAUAAUAUGGUUGUACUAUAGUACAAAGAAGAGCCUGCAGUGAUGUGUAAACAAGCUUUAUAUGUUCAUGUUGCACCUUUCCUAAAAAGCUACUAUAGUUUUUUUUUCCCAUUUUGAAGCAAUUAUGUGAAGUGAGCAAUAAAUAAAAAUGUGCUUAAGUAUAUAAUUCAAUAAUUUGUCUUUCAUUAUGUUCAUGCAGUAUUCAUAUAUAUAUAUAUAUAUAUAUAUAUAUAUAUAUAUAUAUAUAUAAGAAUUAUACGUUUUAUUCAGAAGAUACACUAAAAGUAUCACCCAUAAAAAAUAAUUUCAAUUUUAGUGUACUUUAUUAGGAUGACAAAAACUUUACAUUUUUAUUGCCAGUGUGUUUGCAGCAUAACUGUGAGAAAUUGUGCAAUGUAAAAUAAACUUAAGUAAU